CCUGCACUGGACGGGGACAGACCGUUGCCGCGGAACCGUGAAAUCGCUUCGCUUAGUGAAGAGAGGUGUGUUUCGGAACUUUUUUUUGUUUUGGUGAAAUCACAAAGUGCAUAAUAAAACCAUAAGGAUAAACUUUUAUUGCCGAGCUGCAUUCCGACGCUGGGUAACCCAGGUGAAUCAUGUGGUAGGAAAGUGACCCACAAAAUUUUGUCUCGUAACUGAAAACAACCGAACGUUGAACCUGUGCAGAAUUCCUACAUAAAAAUAUUUGGACUUUUGUUUACACUCGGACUCUCCAAACAGUGCUGGGAAAAGUUUUCGCGCUGUUUCAAACAGUGCGUACAGCGCAUUAGCAUCAUUACAUAAACAUAAACAAACGAUCUGGAUCCAGCAACGGAUGAAGACGGAUUGCAAUGUUAUACACCUGAUCAACCUUUUUUUUCUCACGCGCCGAAACAGAAAAGCAAAAAAAAUCGCAGAAAAUGAGUGAUGUGACUUACGUUGCAGCGAAAAAAUAUUUUAUGAUUGAUCCUAAAUGCCGGUGAGGUGUGUUAAUCGGAUUGUGUAACAGCAAACAGCAACCACUGUAGUGUACAGAAAGACACAGGAAAUGUCAAAAAGUGUAUAUUGUGUUUGGAUUUUCAAGUGACUCUGAGAAAAAAACGAUAAAAUUGUUGGCCAUCUGCUUGCUCCGGAGGAACCUUUGUGUGUAAUUUGAUAUCGUCCGACCAUUGGAACGUAAAUAUUGGUUUUCUGUGACUCUCCGCUUCGGCUCGUUUGGAUUAUUUCCGAAAUUGCGAAAAAAUAUAUACACAAACCAAGUGGAUGUGGUUCAAGACAGACAGUGAGCCGCGUUAACCCCCAGGCGCGUGGCACCUUACUCACCUGAGCUCUCGUUAACACGAUCUAGUCUGGCAUCGACCUGUUUACGGAGGAGGCACACGUUCGGCCCGCACCUCUCAGCAUCACUCCGGACGCCAUCGUGCCGUGCCCAUCAGGUGCGCGCGUUAGUUAAGGUCGCCAAGCGAACGCUUUUCUUGCGUGGGGUCUGAGACUCCACGCGGGAGGGAAAGUGAGCCGUCACAAUUGCUAAUGAUAUGGUUCAAAUUGCAAAUCACGGCGGGUGGGUGUAUUGCGAAAUAAUUCGUCGGAAGGUGUUGGACACGACGCGAAACGCGAGCAGCAGAUGUAAGUCAAGAAGACACGGUGGGAAAUCGAGAAAUUUUCAGUGCGCCGGUGCUCUGUGCGGUGAAUCAUGAAAACAAUGGUAAUGCAAUCGACGAAACAAGUGAACUUUUGGCUGCCUUUUUUACGAUUUCACCGUUAAUUUUCCAACCGAACUAGGGCUCGAGUGAUUUGAUAACUCCCCGCAGAGAAAGGAACUGCGCGCGAUGGUUGUGACCAGUGGCAGCGACUGUGGUGACCUUUACCUUAAUCCAUUGACAAUUAGUGUGGCUCGCAGCCAGAUUUUGCAACAUUUCCGCUGGCGCUAGUAGUGUUCAAGUGAAGUGCAGUAUCGAACCGUGAUAGUCAUGGCCGACAGCCGGGAAAGAAUACGAGGUCCACCGCGUGAUGGCCGCGAGGGUUUUACCAGUCCACGGCAGGUGCUUCGACGGCUGAUGCUACUGUCAGAGGGUCGUCAAUAUCGGGAGGCCGCCACUGUGGUGGGACGCUUGGGACCUUCAGUGCUGCGCUCGGUCGUGGCGGAGCUACCGAUGGAUAUUCUGAUCGAGGCACUGCCUCACAGUACUUAUCUGCUAGAGUCGUUUUUCAACAGACUAAACACGGUUGUGCCAAACCCAAAGCCUGAUGUUCCUAGCGAGGCAAUCAUGUGGCACCUGGUGAAGCUGUUCAGCAACCCACACGAAACCGGACUCAGACAGCGGUGCGCCAAGCUGGCCCAGGCGAUUGGAACCUGGCAGCCAUCGCUGCGGGACGCACUCGUGGGGCGCCGGAAGCAGCUCGAUCAAGCCAUCGAAGGUCUUGGCGUGCACGGCCUUACGGCGGAUCAAAACGGGUCCCUCAUUUCGCUACACGUGGCGCUCAAAAAUGAACUCCAGCGCCACAUCGAAACGUACAAAAACGCCAUUCACAAGCUGGAAGAGCUGAGCCCGGUCACCGUGAACCAGGAUCCCGCCCAAUCAUCACACCAGCGGCUGCUGGCCAUCAGCCACGGUGACAUCCAACAGAGACUGAUCGACAAUAAGACACUGCUCACGAUGCUGGACAAACCGGCCCUGAAGCAGCUCGGUCAGCUGGUGGAAAACCUGUCCCAGCGAGUGCAGAACGACAAAGAGGUACUGUUUUGUGUGGGCCAAAUCCGGCGGAUUGACACCUCGGCAAACACGGAUGAAAGACCUGCAGCCGGCCUGCUGAUGAACUUCUCUCGUGGUUGUGAAGCGGUCCUGGGACUGAUGGGACCACUGUCCGCCCCCAGCAGUCCAACAAGCAACGGAUGUGGCAGCGGAAGUGACGGUUACCAUUCGGACUCAGACUCAGACGAAACUAAUUCCGAGUUUGUGCGGCAAUACAAUGCGAUGUACAGCAAGAACCGCAUCGACACCCUGGAUUCCCUCAACAGUUUGCCCCAGCUCAAGCACGCGCACCAACUCAAGGCGAAGAUACUGUUCUCCAUUGUCGUGUUGGCAUUUCGCGCCUGUCAUGGCCUGAAGGAACGCAAGGUGCUCGAGGUUCGACGAACGCUGCACGUGUUGGACACGAACGACGACGCGACGGCUGCCCUGGAUCGGGCGGUACGACAAAACCUCAAAGAUACCGCGGACCGGUUCCCGAUGGGUGACGUCGAGCGACAGGUUGCCAAUCAGGUUCUGUCAACGUUACAUGAAUAUCCUUGCCUUGAGGCCUGCAUUCCACUGAUUCACUAUAUCAGCGAUUGUGUGCGGCUAGCGUGGAAAAUGUCCAACCAAACCGUGCCGUACUAUUUGGACACAGACUUUACCUUGGGUCUCCUUCAACCGGAGAAGCACGAACGUUACCCUAUCUCGGAGAAACGGUCGGACAUCAUACGGGCCUUUCUGUGGCCCGCCCUGAUGCAGAACGGACGCUGUGUCCACAAAGCCGUCGUGGCAACGUAAUAACACACCGAGUAUUUACAAAGUCACAGUGAUACUUUGCUCAAUGCGAUUUUAUUGAUCAUAACUGAAACGGCUCUCCAAUAUGCCGUUAUAACAAUCAAAACAUACAAAAUAGAUUGUACACACAGAGAAAUUUGUUUCCAAAAAUAUUAUAAGAAUCGUCAUUUUUAACCAAACAGGUGAUCUAUCACUGCAGUAAGGAUUUGUACAUAUACUCAGUUUUAUGUUAAUAAAAAACAUUAUGGCCUAAAUUUUAACGAUU